AUGACCGACGUCUACGGCCGGUCAGAUUGCACGACAGCUGCUGUGGGGGCACACGGUGAUGCCUCCUGCUUUGUUGAAAGAUGUUCGAUGGCUAGACGACCUUGUAAGCUCUUCGAGGGGGUUUACGCUCAUGGCUAUUUUGCUCGGCUCGAGGGUGCACUGGGUGUAACACUGGAAAAUCUGCUUUCGUCAGACUCUAUCACUGGCUUUCCGAAAGAAGCAUUCGAAGACACGAAAACGCUGGUAGGGCUUAGGGCGGUUCCCCUCCUGAGACGAGCCUGGGUGGUCCAAGAAAGACUAUUGUCUCCACGAAUCAUCUAUUUUGGCCUACAAGGCUUAUUUUGGCAAUGUUGGUCUAAGAAUGCUUCAGAGUUCUGGUUAGACCUCGAGUCGAGAGAUGCCCAGCCGGACAGCGAUUCCCCAGAUUCGAUAAAGAUUCAAUUCGCCACUGCGCUACGCUCUACCUCCCGACCCAGAGUGGGAGAAGAUAUCGACAAACGCUGA